AUGACCGGCACUGCUAACAAGGCGGCCCCAGGCGUGCCGUUUUACACCCCGGCCCAGGAGCCCCCCGCCGGCACCCCCGUCGACGCCUCCACGGCCCCGACGCUCUUCCAGCCUCUCCAGAUCCGCGACCUGACCCUCAACAACCGCAUCUGGGUUUCGCCCAUGUGCCAGUACUCCGCCGACGAUGGCCACUUGACGGACUACCACCUCGUGCACCUGGGCCAGUUCGCCCUCCACGGCGCCUCGCUGACCAUCAUCGAGGCCACUGGCGUCGAGCCGCGCGGCCGCAUCUCUCCCGAGGACGUCGGCCUGUGGAAGGACUCUCAGAUUGCCCCGCUGAAGCGCGUCGUCGACUUUAUCCACUCGCAGAACCAGGCCGUGGGCAUCCAGCUCGCCCAUGCCGGCCGCAAGGCAAGCACGUUGGCGCCGUGGAUUGCCGAAACCAUAGACAAGAGGCUCGCGCUGGAGAGCGAUGGUGGGUGGCCCAAAGACUGCGUCGCGCCGAGCUCGAUCCCCUUCACCGAGGGCUGGGCCACGCCACGGGAGUUGACCGUUGAGGAGAUUCGGGGUGUGGUCAAGAGCUUUACCGAGUCUGCCAAGAGGGCCGUCGAGGCCGGUGUGGACGUAAUUGAGAUUCAUGGCGCGCACGGCUACCUGCUGACACAGUUCCUCUCUCCUCUGACCAAUCAACGCACCGACCAGUACGGCGGCAGCUUCGAGAACCGUACCCGUCUCCUCUUUGAGACCAUCAAGGCCGUCCGUGACGUCAUCCCGUCCGGCAUGCCACUCUUCCUGCGUAUCUCGGCGACAGAGUGGAUGGAGUACGACGGCGAACCCUCGUGGACGGUUGAAGACUCCAUCAAGCUCGCCAAGCUUCUUCCGGACGCCGGCGUCGACCUGCUGGACGUCUCGUCCGGCGGCAACAACGAGGCGCAAAAGAUUAAGAUUUCGCCGUACUUCCAGGUCAGCCUCGCCGGCAAGAUCCGCGAGGCGUUGGCGGCGGAAGGGAAAGAGCUAUUCAUCGGCGCCGUGGGCAUGAUUUCGAGCGGCGAGAUGGCGCGGAGUAUCGUGCAGGCGAAAGGCUCCGGCAAGAGCGCCGAGGCGACGGGCCACAACGGCGUCGACCAGGGGAAUGCGGUGGCGACGCUGGAGGUGGACGAGGAGCACGGGCAGGUCACGCAGGCGGACGCUGUAUUUGUGGCGAGGCAGUUUCUGCGGGAGCCGAAUUUCGUGUACAAGAUUGCAGACGAGAUUGGCGUGCGAGUCAAGUGGGCGAAUCAGUACCAACGGGCGCCGCGCGGGAAGUUUUGA